CAGUAGCUCCGCCCACCCCCACCUUGAACCAGGAGGCUAUCUCCUAGGCCCCGCUCCGCAUGUAGACCCCGCCCUAUUCAUAUUGGGGCCCCGCCCCCAUUCCCCGCCAGUUCCGGGAGGCCCCGCCCCAUGCGGGUUGCGAGGACGCGGGCGCGCGGCCGCUUUCGGAAGAAUACGGCUUGGUGGGCGGUUUCCCGCGCCGAGCGCAGAGCUGGCCACUGAGCUGCCUCCUCGCUCGCAGCUGCGCCGGCCGUAGUCGAGCUCCGCGUUCCGGUGUCGCCGCAGCCCGCGGGGCAGACUCCCUGGUCUCUUGCCUGUUGCCCUCAUGAGAAAAACCAACAUGUGGUUCUUGGAACGACUUCGGGGGUCUGGGGAGAAUGGUGCCAGCCGCGGGGUGGGUGGUGAGGCUGGGGACAAGGCCUCCAAGGGCCCUUUGUAUAGCAACGUGCUGACUCCGGACAAGAUCCCCGACUUCUUCAUCCCGCCCAAACUGCCCUCAGGCCCCACAGAGGCUGAGGGACAGGCUGACCUGGGCCCCUCCACCUCAGAGCAAAACCUGGCUUCACCUGGGCCCCGUCGAGCACCUCGCAGUCCCCGGCUGCCGGUCAAGUUGGCCUCAGAGAGCAGGAGCCUGCUGAAGGCAGCUACACGGCACGUGAUUCAGAUAGAGAGUGCGGAGGACUGGACAGCCGAGGAAGCCACCAACGCUGACCCCCAGGCACAGGGUGCCAUGUCAUUGCCCUCUGUGCCCAAGGCUCAGACAUCCUAUGGCUUUGCCACACUGGCCGAGAGCCCCCACACCAGACGCAAGGAGUCCCUUUUCCACAGUGAACACGGGGCCCUGGCUCAAGUCGGAUCCCCUGGUGCUGGCCGCCGACGAGCAGGGGCCAAGGCCAAUGGAGGUGAUGGGGGAUCCCGGGAGGUUGGGGGAGCCCUGAUGAGCCCUAGCCGCUACUUCAGUGGCGGGGAAAGUGACACAGGGUCCUCUGCUGAGUCGUCCCCCUUCGGGUCCCCUCUGCUGUCUCGCUCUGUAUCGCUGCUCAAGGGCUUUGCUCAGGACAGCCAGGCCAAAGUGAGCCAGCUGAAACAGUCGGUAGGUCGCCAUGGCUCCCUGUCUGCGGAUGACAGCACACCAGACACCAGCCCAGGUGUCCGUCGCCGCUUGACCCGCAGGGCUACUCCGGAGCCAGGCCCCGAGUCUGGCCAGGCACCACGUGGAGAGCACACAGUACGGAUGGGCACCAGGGGCAGCGUGAGGCUGCUGGCCGAGUACGAGGCUGCUCAGGCCCGCCUGCGUGUGCGCCUGCUGGCGGCUGAGGGCCUGUAUGACCGGCCGUGUGAUGCCCGGAGCAUCAAUUGCUGUGUGGGGCUGUGCCUGGUGCCCGGGAAGCUGCAGAAGCAGCGGAGCACCAUCAUCAAAAACAGCCGCCACCCCAUCUUCAACGAGGACUUCUUCUUUGACGGCCUGGGACCAGCCAGUGUGCGUAAGCUGGCCCUCAGAAUCAAGGUUGUCAAUAAGGGUAGCAGCCUCAAGCGAGAUACGCUCCUUGGGGAGGAGGAACUGCCGCUGACCUCCCUGUUGCCCUUUCUGUGA